GAGCCAAUGGGAGCGGGGCGCGCGCGCGGGAAGGACAAACUUGGCAGCUUGAAAGUCUCGGAAGCUAGAAGACUGCGCGGGUCUUUUUAGUUAUAGCGGGCGUUGCUGCUGCUGCUGCAUCUUGCACUCUGAUUCUGCUUUUGCGAGAGGCCGUUGCAGGAUGGUGCGGACCAAGGCGGACUGCGGCGGGACCAGUGGAGCCUACCGGAAAGUGGUGGCUGCCAGGGCUCCACGGAAAGUGCUGGGCUCCGGAAACGCUGAUGUGGGCUCCUCUCCUACUUCACGGAAAGCUGAAAGUAAAUACGCUGGUGGCAACCCAGUGUGUGUGAGGCCAACACCGCCAUGGCAAAAAGGAAUCGGGGAAUUCUUCACACAGUCCCCAAAGCAUCUGGAGAAGGAGAACCAGGUCCCUGAGGAGCCCGGAUGCAGCGGAAUAGGAAAGCACAGAAGAAAAGCUCGCCCCUUGUCUCCUCAUCCUGCUGAAGACGAAUCACCUUCUGAAGGUGAUCAGAUGUGAUCAGAUGCCCUGCCUCUUCUUCUGACGGAUCUUGCCAUGCUCAAUGUUUGUGGUUUCUUUGUGUGUAAAUCUGUAUAUAUUGCAUGUGUUUUGGUUUGAGUACAGGUCUUUAAAAGCCUAGCAUGCUGUUUUGUUUACUAAAAUAACCUAAAACUUGAAUGACUCUAAGGGAAUUGAGAAAACUAAUUAUUUCGUGGGAGCUUAGAUACCCAUCGAGAAUUGCAGUGUUGAGUAAGUAGUAAUCAUGGGGUUUUCGUUAAAUGGUGUGGUUUACUUCUUUCUGCACUCCCUAAAGUUCUGUGCCAUAUGAGUGUUGAAAUGACUGUAUUACCUUUUUAAAAAACCUAUGUUUGUAUUUUGAUGCAAUUCAUUACCUUGAGUGAUAUGUCUUGGCCUCUCUGAGUGUUAGAGAAGGGUGAAACUGAAACUCCAGCUAUUUAAACUGGGAACACCAAAAAGCAUAAUUUGUAAUAAAAUAACUUUCUGAGUUUUCUA